UUUUUUUUUUUUGUAGAAAAGGAAAAGAGAAAAAAUAAUUUGGAUGAAAGAAUGAUUGAUAAAAAAACGUGGAUACCGUUAUCUUAAUUAUGAGCGCGCAAUUUUUAAUGAUCGCUUACUUCAUUGCAUUACCUAUUGAAUCAAUAAAUCGAACGAAAUUAUAUCGUAAGAUAAUAAAAAGAAAAAGAAAAGAAAAAUCGAAUUUCAUUGAUAUAAACAUUGUAACAGUGAAGUUUUUGAAGAAACAUAUUUUCCAUAUAAGGAUGCCUGGCAUUUAUGCGCAUUAAGGCAAAAAUGCGCAUUACCUUUUGUUCGAAGCGUUUUGACUUCAACGACACAGGUAUGGAGAAAGCAUGAAUUACGAAUAGAAGCGGGGAAGUUAUCCCCACUAUGCGUCUAUCGUAUCGAUGUAUAAACUUGUGUUGGUUAUUCCCCUCUUACGCAUACAUAACAAUUGGUUUCAUGUGGAUAGAGUAAAUAUACAGUUUUGGUAGACUGUGAACUCUCACACUUUUCAGUCUCUCAUGUAUGUAAAGUUCAUUGAAUCGAUUCCAUCAUCACGAUCAUCGUACAAAUAUUAGUCCAAUGAAACGCAAUAAUCAUUACGAAAAGAUAUCAACGAGAAAUAGAUCGAUUAAUGCACGAAAGUACAAUAUUGGCAAAUUACGUUUACCAUUGGCCGACGUUCAAGAAAUUACCGAAUACGAAGAUUCCACGGAUGAUAAUUUUACUUUAACAAAUAAAUCGAAAGAGGCUCCAUUCAAAAAUAAUAAACUUGGAUGGAAUAAAAAUUCAACUGGAGAAAAGUUAUUCAAGAAAAAAGCUAAGAAAAAUCAAAUAAUUAGGAAGGAAGAUUCAUCUGCAUAUUCGACCGAUAGUCUAUCUAGCGCAAAAUUGCCUGUACGUUUACGUGGUGGUACGGAUUUUUUUCGAUCUUCUUUGAAAACAAAAGGAGUUAUCGACAAUAAUAAAAAUCAUAUCUUACGUUCGAGAAAUACUCAGAAACCAAUUAUACCAAGAAAACAAAGUGAAUUAAAUUAUCAUAAUCUGCAGGAAUCUGACAAUGGCAAAGAAAAGAAUACAUUACCAACAAAGUUAUCAAGUUUCCAGGAAAAAAAACAAAGUAUUCAACAAGCAAAGACUUUGAAAAACGUCAGUAAACUGACCGUUCUUCUUUUAUAUCUUCACUUUUUACUAUCGUAUUAUUUAUCUUUUUCUAAAAGUCAACGCUUUGAAGAAAUGUUCGAAAUGUGUGAAACAGAGACUAGAUACGAAUAAAUGAUCGUGUCGUUAAACGAUCGUAAAUGAUAGAAAUAAAUAUAGAAAGGAGGCAUGGAUUAGUUAAAUUCCAAAUGCAAGUUUGUCGAACAAAUAAAUGAUCAAUUUAUUUAUUUGGAAAAAAAAAAAAAAAAGAUUCAUUUAGGAUAAAGAACUUAUGUCAAAGCAUAUAAGAAUGAAUCAGGAUUUGGAUCUUGAGAAAUAUGAUAAAUGAGACAAUUAAAAAUUAAUCUUGCAACAAAAUAUAAUAUAAUAAGUAAAUAAUUACAUAAUAAAAUGAAGCACCCUAUACAGAUACAAUUAAAGUGUUAUUAUGCGUCUCUUUUUUUAUAAGUAAUAAAACAAUUUUACCUCAAAUUUAAUUUUUCAACUUUCAUUUGGAAUAAUUAACACCGCUAUAUAUUAUGACAAUUUUGUCUAACAUUAAAAAAAAAUGAUGAUUAUACACUGUACUAUUCGAGUUUAGCCUCACAAGUUACACGGAGAAACAAAUUUGAUCCUUCUAAUGCCUCGAGAAUAACUGUAAAAAUUCCUUCACCUCCAUCAGCUUGUAUUUGAAAAUCAUCCGAGUUAUAAGUACCCUAUUGAAAAUUUCAAUCAAAUUGUAUUCCAUGAAUAAUUAAAUGUUUGCUUGGUUAAAUAAUUAUAAUGGAAACGAAAGUAAAUGGUUUAAAAAUUAUUUAUCAUUUCGAUUGAUUUAGUGGUCGCUACUUACGGGAUUUAUUGGACAAUUUCCUUUAUUAAAUUGCGGCUCACUGAACGAUUCGAAAUAAGGUUUAAACAUAUCCGCGGAAUUCAUAUUACAAAAAUCGAUAUUUUGUUCCAUCACUGAAUCGCCAUCUUCAUCGUUUAUUUGCAAGUGUACCUAGAGUGAAAUUCAAUUUGAUCAUUAUUAAUUCGCAAACAAAAAUUGACGAAUUCCAAAUAAAUGUUUAUAUCAAUAUAUAUAUAUAUAUAUAUAUCAAUGAAUACCGUAAUAAAACUCGGAUUUAUUUCUUCUUUGAUUUCAAUUAUUGAGCCUUUUAUCGUAUUGCCGGAGGCAUUUAUAUCUCCCAUCGAUAUGGCUCCUGGUGCUAUGUCUUCUUUCUUACAUGACAAUAUUUGUAGUUCUCCUACCUGGAAAUAUGAUUAAAAAUUCUUCGAUCCAUAUGGAUUUAUCUAAAAGAAUGUAUGUAUUGGAUUUAUAUACAAAAAAAAAGAAUAACUCACAACAUAAUAUGGAAGUAAGAGAGCGCAUAA